AUGGCCACCCAUCCAAUGACUGUAAUCAGAUCUCUUGAUUUGAACGAGAAGAAACGUCUGACACCUGAUGAUGUCUUGAAGAACUUAGGGAAGAGGAACUUCUACAUAUUGAGAACGAUUAUUGUUGGGAGUUUGCCAAUGUUAUGCUAUGCUGCGGCGAACUUGUCAUCAGCCUUCAUUGGUAAAGCAUGUGGUAACUGCACGGAAACACCUUUAUCAAUCGUGGAUGAGUUUCACUUAGAGUCCUUAUGGGUAGAUUCUCCUAGUUCAUUUUUCAUGAUUGGAAAUAUGAUCGGAGGCUUGAUAGUUUCUCAUGCAGCAGACAAAUAUGGUAGAAAACCAGUGUUUGCUGUUACGUAUCCUCUCAUGGCCAUAACAGGAGCUCUGUCUGCCUUUUCACCUAACAUUUAUGUUUUCUCUAUCUUACGUCUACUUCAAGGAAUCUUCUAUACGAGUUCAGCAUUAGCAAGUUGGGUGCUUUGCUAUGAGACGAGUCCUAUCUCUCUUCGCUUUUUCACAAAUGUAAUUUUUGGAGUUGCUUGGGUUGUUGGUUACUGUUUAGUCGGACCUUUGGCUUAUGUUUCAUUGACAUGGAGAUGGCUGGCGAUGCUUUGUAGUAUUCUGAACGUCCCAGUGUACAUACUCUGCUUAUUAUUCUUACACGAAAGCCUUCAUUUCCUUGCAUUAAACAACGAAACUGAAAAAAUACAGGAGUGGCUCGAGUUUAUGAGAGUCGAGAACAUAAAAAGUGAUCAGCUCGUUCGACCUGAUGGAGAGCCAGAAAAGAAAGGAUUGGGCAUGCUCAUGGAAUUGUGGAAGCACAAACAACUAAUGAUCUACACGUCAAUCCUAGUUUUUGUUUGGGUCGGCGAUACCUUUGUGUACUUUGCUUUAUCGCUGUUCAGUACGAGUCUUGCUGGUAAUGUCUACCUCAAUUAUGUAUUAUUGGGAUUAGUGGAGCUACCUGCUAGUAUUUGUGCCCCUGCUUUAAUGGAGAAAAUUGGCCGGAAGAAAGCUUUAAUAUUAGAACAUAUAAUCGCUGUCAUUUCUUUCACAACCCUUGUGUUUGUUCCUGAUGAUUCCACUCUUUGUCUUAUCUUAUGGAUGGUCGGGAAAUUCGGUACAAGCUGUUCUUUUCUCACACUUUUCGCCGUUGGCAGCGAAAUAUUUCCUACAAACAUAAGGAAUGUGUCAGUUGGUUUAUGUGAAACUCUAUCCAGAAUUGGAGGAAUACUAGCACCUAGAAUAACUCUUUUGAAAUCGAUCUCCUCGAGUCUUCCAAACAUAGUCAUUGGAAGUACUGCAAUCGUUUCUGCCCUUCUUAUCAUGCUUUUACCGGAGACUCACAAACAGCCUUUACCAGCUAGCAUAAAUGCCAUGAACUCCAAAAGGAGCUAA